GCUCUUUCUUUUGUUUGUCGCGAUCUACCCUGACCAGAUUCAACAACGUAUCGUGCUAAUACUGUUUGAUUGGACACACGGCUGUGGUUAAUAUAGCACUUAGUUCUCGAUUUGUGAAUAGGAAAUAGUGGAAAGCUGGGGUGGACUGAUUAAGACAGUAUUUAUGAAUAGUGUUAUAAUCAGAGCGUUCCUGUUAUACAGUACACUGUAUCAUGUAGCUUCUGACGAAGUCCAAGCUACACCAAGAUUUACAAACGAAGAUGACUGUGGAGUAUCUGUGAUUUCGAGAUCUGGUGCUAUAAGUCGGGUAGUAAAUGGAACUGCGUCGGCACAAGGUCAAUGGCCUUGGCAAGCAGCUAUUGUUCUGUCUUCAGGUGGUUCAUUAAGUGUGAUAUGUGGAGGAUCCGUCAUUAACAACAAAUGGGUUGUGACAGCUGCACAUUGCUUUAACAACGAACCACUCUCUGAUAUAAGUGUGUUUCUCGGAAUGAAUGAUAAGUCGAAUGGAAAUGAGGCGAAUAGACAGAUAUUGCAACUCGAGAGUAAAACUUGCCAUCCCAACUACACGGGAAACGGAAAUUUCGCGAACGAUAUAUGCUUGUUGAGCUUGACGUCUGACGUCUCUUACACAACUUACAUUCGACCAAUAUGUUUGCCAAACCAGGGAAGUUCUGAAAGCGUUGGACAAAGUUGCAUUGUCAGUGGCUGGGGCGAAACGGAAAAUACUGGAAAUAACAAUAUUCUUCAAUAUGCAGAAGUUUCAAUAAUAGAUCACACACUAUGCAGCGGUUGGUAUCAGGCAGUAGGUUUAUCGAUACCAGAAAAUCACAUCUGCGCCGGAUACGAACUAGGAGGGACAGAUACCUGCCAAGGCGACAGUGGUGGCCCCUUAGUUUGCCAACAAACGGUUUCUGGCAGUACAUCAUACAUUUUACAAGGAAUAACAAGCUUUGGCUCGGGGUGUGCCGAAGUAAGACGUCCAGGAGUUUACACCAAAGUAUCAGAAUACAUAGAUUGGAUUGACGAAGUUGUUGGGUCAUCAGCAACUUCAAUAGAACGCAAUUCAUGGGCAUUAGUAUUUCUUUGUUUUCAGUGUUGUUUUUGCGGCAUUCAAGCAGUGUAUUAGUUUAAAUUCCUUUAUUUUUAUGAUUGUUGCACUUUUUGCUGUUGAACAAGCACUGUGAAGUAUGUCUGUUGGAAGUAGUAUUUUCAAAAAAUCACGCAGAUGAUCGUGAGUGUU